CGUCUGCGCAGUAUUUAUUAUAUUGUACACAUAUUGUGGGAUUGACUGGCGACGGCACUAUCUGUUGAGGAAUCCUUUGUUAUAAUCGGCUGUUGUUGGUCUCUCACUUUCGCCCCCAUCAAUCGGUGUCGUCGACGUCGUCGUUGUUGGGUUUGUUGGUUCGUAUUGUUGACUCCGCUUGAAGCAAUCGUUUCAGCCAACUCUCUCUCUAAAAGUCGCUUUACCUUCCAUGGCUGUCCUCGUCUGGGUCGCUUGGGGAUCGGUCGUUGGAGCGGAAUCACGGCUGAACUGUUAGAUGGAGUGUUCUGAUUCUGAAGUUUCGAUGGUCAGAAGUUUGGGAUUUAUGGGUUUGGAGUGGACGAGGUUGAAUUUCAUGGGUCGGAUUUUUCUGGGUUUCUUGAUCUGUUCCGCGUACUUUUGGCCUGUGUUUGGAUUAAGGCCUCUGAAGGACACGCCCCGUUCUUGGGGUGACGAGUGGCUUUCUAUUAGAAAAGAUGAGAAUGAAUUGGGCCAAUUUUCUGCUUGGAACAUAACAGGGACAUACAGAGGGUCUUGGAGGUUCGUAGAUCCUGCAAAUAACUCUUCUCGGUUUCGAAAUUUUAGGAAAUCAAAUGGCAAUUCUGUCUUUGAGUUAGUUAGUACGCCAACAAAAAUAAAUGGGGUACAUUAUGUUCAGGGGAUGAUUAUUUUUCAUGAUGUGUUUGACAAUGAACAUGAAGUUGGUGGUGCUCAAAUCAGGGUAGAAGGUGUGUACAUAUGGCCUUUCAGACAGCUUCGAAUGGUGGCCAGCAGUGGGAAAGAGGGAGAAUUCGGCCAAGAAGAAGAUUAUAUAUUGUCCAAUCCAUACCACUUGCUUGGAGUUUUCUCAUCUCAGGUGUUCCAGGAGUCUCCUAGAGACAAGAUUUGGAAGAGAAAACAUUCACCCAUGUUUGACAUGGAGAAACAUUGUAACAUAGAAAUUGCUGCUCAAAUUUCUCGUGUGUCCACCCAAAAUGAUGGUGAUCAUGAUCGUUAUCAUAUUGAAGGAUUAAUGGAAAGUCCUUCAGUUGACGAUGAUGGAGAUUGCUUCUCCCCUGUGCUGUUAAAUGCUACUGCUAUUAACAUUGAGGUUUAUUACAACAAAGCAGUAAACUACACCUUGAUGGUCACUUUUGUUUCAUUCCUUCAAGUUCUUUUGUUAAUACGACAAAUGGAACAUAGCAACACACAAUCAGGAGCUGCCAAAGUUUCGAUAUUAAUGAUCGGGCAGCAAGCUAUAAUGGAUGCUUAUCUUUGCCUUCUACACCUGACUGCGGGGAUACUAGUUGAAUCCCUGUUCAAUGCUUUUGCAACUGCUGCAUUUUUCAAGUUUGUUGUCUUUUCAAUAUUUGAGAUGAGGUAUCUUCUUGCUAUAUGGAAAGCAAGUCGACCUAUGAAUAAUGGAGAGGGCUGGGAAGCGAUGAGACGUGAGCUUUCUGUUCUUUAUAGCCGAUUCUAUGGGAUCCUUUUAGGUGGCAUUUUGGUCAUGUAUGAGUUCCAUAAAUUUCUGCGGCCUAUUCUUCUUCUUGUACACUCCUUUUGGAUUCCUCAAAUCAUCACUAAUGUCAUCCGUGACUCAAGAAAACCGUUGCAUCCUCAUUACAUCUUGGGCAUGACUGUCACACGGCUAGCAAUUCCACUUUAUGUUUUUGGUUGUCCUCACAACUUCAUGCGCAUUGUGCCUGACAAGACUUGGUGUAUUUGUUUGGGUGCAUUCAUGGGAUUCCAAACAUCAAUUCUUCUUCUACAGCACUAUCUUGGAUCUCGAUGGUUCAUUCCACGUCAGAUCCUACCCGAGAAAUAUAACUAUUAUAGAAGGUUUGAUCGGGAGUCACAUCAUGCUUCUGACUGUGUCAUUUGCAUGACUGCCAUUGAUCUCACUCAGCGUUCUAAUGACUGCAUGGUGACUCCAUGUGAUCAUUUCUUCCAUUCUGGGUGUUUGCAAAGAUGGAUGGAUAUAAAGAUGGAGUGCCCAACAUGCCGCCGUCCACUACCACCAGCCUAAGGAGUCAUUAGUUUAUGCUUUUAUCGCUGUUGAUUAACUGACUUCUGCAACCUAUUCGUUGAGGUGAGCUAAAAGCCAGCUCCGUGACAGCAAAUUAACACGACCAAGAUCAGGGUUGUUGGGCGGUUCUACAGAACAGAUAGUGUGGAUGGCACCAUCCAUUUGUUGUUUGUAUGAUAUGUAUAAAUAGUAAGUCAUGUAGUAAGCAUUCAGACAACUUGAAAUUCUUCUCAGGUGUAAUUGAUUGCUCUUGCGAAGCAUUUGUUCUUCCUUCUAAUGUAGGUUGCUAAAUAUCAGCAGAGUAGGUCAAGGGAGAGAGACCCAAAAGCUGAAAUUUUCAAGCUGCCAAUUUACCAAUAGAUUUGGUUUGGUUGGGAUUGGUUCGGUU